AUUGCCCCUAUCAGAGCUUCCUUCUUGAUUGAUGAUCCUAGGCUCAUUCGUCGUGUACAACUGACGGAGACGAUUCGCAGUGACUAUCGAAAGGCUCUCCCGCGAGCAACCAUGGCGGCCGCGUCCCUUCUAGAGGAGAUAGCGGACGAGCUUCAAGCGCUCGAGGCCGUUUACGGCGAAGACGUCCACGUACAGGCGGAGAACGCGGAGAACGCGGGGAAUGCGGGGAAUGUGGGUGUGAGGGUCAGUGUGGCGCUGAAGCCGCUGACGGGGGAAGACGCGACGCAGCAAUUCGUUGAGGCAACAGCCGUGCUCCUCGUCACGCCGCAGUACCCGCUGUCCCCGGCAGUGCUGCGCCUGAGCGCGGUCAAGGGGAUGAGCGACGAGCGGGUGGCGGAGCUGCUUGCGCUCGCCAGGGCGUGGCUGGCGGAGAUGUUAGGGCCGGGGGAACCCAUGCUGCUGGCUGCAUGCGAGCAAGUGAAGGAGCUUCUAACGGAGAUGAACGAGCCUUCAGGGUGCUGCUGCUUCUGCCUCGAUCCAAUGUCUUCUGGCGCUGCUGCUGCCCCGCACGAACCCAUUGACGGCCCCAACAGCGAUACUAGCAGCGGCGGCAGCGGUGCUCCCCCUCUGUUCAAGCUUGCCGUCUGCUUCCACUGCUUCCACUCGCAGUGCAUGUCACAAUGGUGGCAGUGGGAGCUACAGCAGGCUAAGGUCAAUGAAGCUGAAAUGAGGAGGUGCAACCCGCAUGCUACCAUUCCAAAGGAAGGGUUGGCCGCCUUUCUGAAGUUGAGGGGCAGCUUCGGCACGGCUGAGGCCAUCAGUGACCGGAAGUUGGUGAAGGAAGGAAGUUAUUCCAUGGAGGCGUGGUGGGAGUGGCACGGCACUGACCACCCCUUGCUCAUGGCCCUUGCUUGCCGUGUGCUAACUCAGCCGGUGUCUGCAUCCAGCUGCGAGCGCAACUGGGCGGUGUGGGAUACUGUCCACACCGCCCGACGCAACCGGCUGGGUUCAGAAAAGUGCAAGGAUCUGGUUUACGUUGCGCACAACUGGAAGCAAUCCUUCAGCUGCCCUGCCUGCCGAUCCACUCUGGCAGCAGAUGACAUGUCCCGCCUCACUACACUCCUCGCCUCCUCUCCUCCAUCCGCUCCCGCAUCCUCGCCUCAACCCUCCACCUCCCUGGCGAAUGAGCCUAGACUCUCAGCGGCACCACCAGCAGCUGCAGAAGAGGUCUCAGAAGCGCUGGGUGGGGAGGAUCAGGUGGAGAGAAGGAAGCGGUUUGAGGCAGUGUGGCAGAGGCAGCAGCAGCGCGGAGGCAUCAUUGAGCCUCGCUCCGUGCUGGAUGGCUACGCGGAUCAGCAUCCUGGUCAACAGCAGCAGCCCACUGAAUCUCUUCGGGUUUCCGAACCUCCGUCUGGCCCAGCUUCAGCCUCACGGCGCGCGGAUUCCACUGCCACUGCUGCAGCUGCGGAUGCAGGAGAUUCAGCUGCUUCAGUGGAAUCAAUACGAGCAGGCGCAGCCGGCGUUGCCCCGCCACCAACAGGGGCGUCCUCAGGAGGGCUUGUGCUCUUCCCAGCCUUGCGGCUUGACCCCUCUCCACCGGACUGCUUCUCAGGGAAUCAGCCUGGCGACUCUGCAGCACCACAUAGCCAGACUGCAGCAUGCCGUGGUUCAGGUGAACAUCCAGGUGGAGGUUCAGGUGGGGGGGGGCGUGGACAAGGGACCACAAACAAGGCUCCAGGAAGGACAUGCCCCGCCUCACGCUCCGAGGGGCUGGCCCUGCUGGAGUAGCUGCCGCUGCUGCCGAGUAUGGGGGUGCUAGACUUAGGGGGGUGUGCGGCUUAGUGUGCUGUGUGUGUGGUGUGCUUUCGGCUACCAAGCCUAGCGGGUGUGUUAAAUUAUAUCUUAUAUAUAAUUGUAGGUUUGGUAGGUGUUACUGGAACCUACUGUUGAGGGUACAACUCCCUCCUUGUAUCCAUCUCUCUUCUCAUCUCAUACUCUUCUCUCUUGACAUUUUUCCUAGCCUAAAACCUCACGCCAUUCUAUGGCUUCCCUCCUACCUAGAUUCUAGUAUUCUAACAG